GAUGCCCUGUAGUCCGGGUAUUCCUUGAGUUGACUGUAUUUAUAGAACUAUAUGAAACAACUGCUCAUAAAAUACCGGCAGAGUUUCGUGAAUCGUAUCAUCAUCACCAUCAUUUCGAACUGUACGCGGCACCACGGAGUUUCGUGCGUGAUGCUUGAGUGUUUUUAGCUGUUGUUUUCGUCCUUCGUCGUUCGGUAUCGAUAGUCCAUCGAUAUCGUCUCUACCUGCAUCUUCUUUGGCACCAUCAGUGCAGCAUCAUUUCUGUGCCGACACAUCAAAUUCUACGCACGUUUCAUAAGAACAUAACUGCAAACUAAACAACAAAAUGAGCAAGUACGCCUGGGUAACUUUAGCAACCAACGACUCCUACUCUCUGGGAGCUCUUGUUGUUGCUCAUUCACUGAAACGUGUCCAUACUGUGCAUCAAAUGGCCGUACUUAUUACGCCCGGCGUAUCAGAAGCAAUGAAAACAAAAUUGCGUGCCGUUUUCAACGUAGUAGAGGAAGUCAAUCUACUCGAUUCGAAAGAUGCAGCGAAUCUGGCGCUUCUGAAGCGUCCAGAACUGGGCGUUACAUUCACGAAGUUGCACUGUUGGCGACUUACGCAGUUCGAAAAAUGCGUUUUUCUCGAUGCCGACACGCUUGUCCUGCGCAAUUCGGACGAACUGUUCGAACGGGAGGAACUGUCGGCUGCACCGGAUAUUGGCUGGCCGGAUUGUUUCAAUUCGGGCGUCUAUGUAUUUCGACCAAAUUUGGAGACUUUCUCCAGUUUGCUGCAAUUUGCGGUGACUCACGGAAGCUUCGAUGGUGGGGACCAAGGUUUGCUGAAUGCCUACUUCUCCGAAUGGGCCCACAAGGAUAUUCAAAAGCACUUACCCUUCAUUUACAACACCUCCUCGGUAGCGACGUAUUCUUACUUGCCUGCAUUUAAACAAUUUGGACAAAAUACCAAAAUUCUUCAUUUCAUCGGCGCUGUCAAACCAUGGCUGCAGAACUUUAACUCUGAAACACGUAAGGUGUAUGUGCCCUCAGAGUAUCAGCAUCUGGCAAACUUUCUUCAGUACUGGUGGGACAUCUUUGCCGAAGAUGUCCAUUCAAGGCUGAGUCCAGACAUGCAACGUGCUUUAACUCACUGGAUAAAACCUUCGCACAAGGUUAGUGUUAAUCAAUCUCGUUCUGCGCCACUGAGUACCGUCUAUUUUACUCAUGAAACCGAUAACGAGAGUCAAACAUUAUUUUGGCAAUAUCAAGAUAAUUACCAACACCACCACCAGCAACAGCAAAGAGAAGGGUUUAUCGUUUCGUACGAUCCAGAGAAGGGUUAUCAAGACCCGUGGGAGGAUUACCUGCAGAGACAGGAGCGUGAAAAAGUUUUGCGCAAACAGGAAGAGGAACGAUUGUACUUCCAAUAUUUGAAUGAACUACGCGCACAAGAACAUAGAAGCCGCACACAGUAUGAAUCAUCACUCGUAAACCAUGAACAGUCACCGCCAUAUCAUGUGUCGCAUCAUGAUGCACAUUAUGCUCAACAACAGCAUCAGGAUCUGCACAGAGGUGCUGAUGGUGGUUACGCCGAGCGUGACCACCAAAAUCAUCAUGAUAAACAUGCUUUACAGCGCACAGAACAGUGGGUCGAUAGAAUGGUACAACAGCAUCAAGAAAACGUAGGUCACUGGGAAAAACAUUCUGGGGAAAUGUUCGCUGUUCGGCAACAAGAUGCAACCGUUGACCAUAAUGCUGGUGAUCAAAUGGGCAACAAGGCAAUUCUGCAAGAUUCUAACAAUAACAUCACCGCUGGUGAUAGCAAUAGUAACAUCACUGUCCACAAUAAAAGUAGUGAUUUUGAAGAGCACAAAACGUAUCCUCCGAGCUUCUCCCAGCAAGAACCAACCGACCAACGGAAACCAACCGAAAGCGAGGAACAUAACGCUGGUGGUAAUGUUGGGGAUGUGAGUGGUCUUGCGGGAGCAUUGGCUCAGUUGCAUCUUGGUGAGGCGAAAUCAAAAGAACAAGAAGCCUACGAAGAGCAUAUGAGACGCCAAUGUUGGGAAACAGGUAACAUCGAUUAUAUGGGACGCGAUUCGUUUGAAAACAUUUGGAAACGCAUUCAACAAACGCUCAGCGCCGGAGCUGGAACAAGUGCCGAAGAAAAAGUGUUGGAGUCUUCCGUUGCUGAACCUGUGUCUCCGGCUGCGACGCAACGCACCAGCCGUCGUCCAUCGAGAUCACGUUCCGCUACACCGAAAAGGGAUCCGAAAGAUCGGUCCCCGACACCGCAACCGGAAGAUAAGAAGCCUGUCGAUAAAAAGGAAGUACAAGUCGUUCCACCGCCGGUUAUUGCGGAGGAAGACGAUGUUGCUAUCAGUUUAUCAUCGAUCGAAAGUGCCCUUGCGAUGCGAACCCAAGCAAAGCUGCCGCCACCAAUUCAGUACGAUCCGACUACCAAUACGACAACAUUGACCAAAAAAGUCUUUGCAGGUUAUCGACAGAUUAUAACGACGAAGAGUCCAGAAGGGAAAACCCGUACGCAUGAGAAGCUCGUUUACGAUCCGUCCAUCGAAGACGAUCAAAAACCGGACAGUGCAGAUGAUCGCCCAUCUACGGCACAAGCUACUUCUCAAGUGGAUGUGAAACAGAACGUUGGAGCAGAAACUGCAACGCCUCAGAUCGUGAGAGAAGAGGCGAAAGAACUGUCCCAGAAGCAAAGUGCGACACCAACGGUUGGUGGUGGCACAAGCGAAACUGCACCAUCAAAAACAGAACGGCCGACGCAAAGUUCCGCUCCGGCAGCCAGUAGUAGCGCCAGUGCUGCUCAGCCAACGAUUCCUAAGUCCAGUCCAAAACCUGUAGCUACACCUACGGUACAAGCGUCCCAACAACAGGUGGUCCAGGAAUCGAUUGCAGGUAAAACGAAUGCAUUGUUGGACGCAAAGCAACCGGUCAAAGCAUUGCGCAAAAAACGACACAUUUCUCCACAGUCGCGACCACUACAACAGACUACUACCAAUGCCGGGUCGACCGAUCAAGCGCCAGGAAAACCAUCACCAUCCUCAUCAUCAUCCUUAACGUCUGCUUCGCGCCAUGACUUGCCGUCUAACCAAAAGGCUUCCAUCGCUACUGCCAUUUCGUCAGCCGUCGUAUCGCCAUCACCGUCCGUAUCGUCCAGCCUGGCGAAGACGAGUUACAGUCCGAUCACUCCGAACACGUUCACUUCCUUAGAUGAUGAAAAAGUAGUACCUAUUCACACACCACAAUCACCAGACAAGACUCUGCCAACUGUACAACCAUCGCUAAAACUGAACACACAGUCUGCUCAAACGAAACCGAGUCAGCCUGUUGAGGGUGUUAAAGUUGGUUCACCACCAGUGCCACCACGCCGCAAGCGUGAAUCAAGAGCUACAAAGUUAGAGAAGACAAAAAAAUCAAAACUUGUUCAAUUGUUCCUAUCUUGUAUUUCUUGCUCGAAGAAACAACGAUGAUAGUGUUUCACUUCAAACUCACUUAUAACGUAACGUUUACGACACGCUUUCAUUACUGGAACUGUUAAUCAAAUAUCGAAAUAUAUAUGGAUGACAAUUUGAAAAAAAAAACCGAACAAAACCCCCCUUUUUCGUAGAGUACUUAUUGGUGCGUUUUGCGAUUUUCCUGGCCAUCGUAAUGCUUUUCUUGCAGUUAAAGAGAAGAUCGGUUAGGUUUCAUUUCGUUCCCUCAUGUCUUCUACAUACUUCUACACUUACAUUUCUUUACCAUUAUAUAUAUCACUGUAUAAUCCUUACUACGAUAACACUCCUUUUUCCUUUCCAAUUUUUAUUCCUACCAGCACGACUCAUUCGUACGUUCUGCACUAUUUUGUGAGAAUCGAAAAGCUUGAUGUAACAAAAAAAGACAAAAAAAAAGUUUCUCCACUACCUGCAUCUGCCGUCUGUUUUAUUAUGCUUUAAAGUUGCUAGAGAGGAUAAUUUAAAACCCAUCUUGUGGUUUAGCGGGACGAAUGAAUCAUUCGUUUUCUUUCCGGCACAAACAAUUCUGGCAAAUUCAAUGUCUUACCCACACAGUUCUGAGUGAAAUGGUUUCGUUUUCGAUGCAUUUUGUUGCCACAAAGCUACAUGCAACAAUUGAUAUGACUUUCUAUUCGCAACUAGCUCUCUUUAUUUGAAAAAUAAAUAUAAACUGUUGUAUUACAUGAA